AUGGCCUCAUUUUGGAGGAAUGUGCUCCUUGCCCUCAAAUUCACAUCCCCACUUGUUAAGGUACUUAGAUUGGUUGAUGGAGAAGUCAAGCCUCCAAUGGGAUACAUUUAUGAGGCUAUGGAUCAGGCUAAAGAAACUAUUGUAAAUUCCUUCAAUCAAAAUAGGGAGAUGUAUGAUGAGGUCUUUAAGAUAAUCGACAAGAGGUGGGAUGUCCAAUUGCAUCGGCCUUUGCAUGCAGCUGAUCCAGAGGCUUGUAAAGUUCCAGAAGUCAUUGGAGGCCUAUACAAAUGUAUCACAAAGUUGAUUCCCAAUAAUGAUACACAAGACCUUGUUUGUGCCAACUUGAUGAAGUAUGAGAGAGCUGAAGGACUCUUCGGUAACCCAAUGGCAAUAAAGCAAAGAGGUACAAGGGCACCAGAUUCACACAAAAAAAGGAAUAGACUAGCUCAAAAGUGUCUCAAUGAUUUGGUAUUUGUUAAGUACAACAAAGCAUUGGAACGGCGAUACCUCAAACGUGAUUGCAUUGAUCCCAUAUCCUUGAAAGAUAUUGAUGAGAGCAAUGAAUGGUUGGUUGGGACGAUGGAGGAAAAGUUUGUGUUUGAGGGUGAUGGUGAUGGUGAUGGUGAUGAUUUGAAUUGGGAUGAUGUUGCUUUAGCUUCUAGAGCCGAAGAACCAAGGAAAACAACUAGAGCAUCAAGUUCAAAAUCAUCAGACUCAACACCUAUCGCGAAAAUGGCAAACCAACUCCAAAGGCUAAGGCUUCAAGAGGAAAGACAUCUCUUAUAG